AUGGCAGAAGCUAGGUCUUCAGAAAUUAAAAGACCACGAAUAAGUUUGUCACUCAGUAAAAAUAAGGAAAAAAAAGGAACAACAAAAAGAGUGGAAGGGAAAGGAACACCAUCUAUACCUUCAGCAUCCUCCUCUAUUAUUUCCUUUUUUAACAAUGUUACCCCUGCCAAAGUCAGCUGUCCCAUAUGUGGGCAAAUGGUGCCAAGAUACGGAAUAAAUGAGCACAUGGAUGAAACAUGUCACAGAAACCGCCGUGAGGUUGGUGCCGUUGGUUCAACACGCAGCUCUUUUAGGAAUGAGAGUGCCCCAGCUGCAAAUGUGAACAAUAAUUCCAGCUCAUAUUUUUCAAAAAACCUCUUAAAUCUAGAAACAAGUCCUUCCAAAAGCAAUUUACUGAAAACAAAAGGGAGUGCAGCACAACAGAUCAGUCCUUAUUUUAGCAAGAAUAGCCCAGUCUGUAGUGUUAACAAUGAACCACAGGCUCAAACAGUUAAAGUAGUCUCUUUGGGAAGCUUGUCAUCUAAACUGUCCAGAAGACGUCAUAUCCAGGGAGGAAGACAGAUCGUGUACAAAGAGAUCAGCUCUUCAUCUCCAGAUGUUCAUAGUAUGUGCAAAAGCACUGCAGCACAGGAUGAUGAUGAUGAGAUUUAUGCUGGGCAUUGUUCUCAGAAAGAAAAUCAGCUUGCUGAGAGAGACUGCCAGGAACAAAAUUUUUCGAAGGAGGAACCUGAAUUUCAAGAAGAAAUGAACAAAUGUAACGGAGAAGACUUUGUGGAUAUUGUUCAGGUAUCGUUACCAGCUGAUAACGUUAAUGGCAAAAGUUUACUAGAUUGUACAAGGAGCACCGAAACAGAAAGUAGGUCUGAAGGUGUGGUACUUAGUCCUGAUAAAUUUGAAACACAUCUAGCCAUUUGUACUUCAGCAGAGCUGACCAGUAGUUUGGAAGUCAAGACUCGGCCUCUCACUCAGAUUAUUCCUUCUUCCAAGACAGAAGCAAACUGUGGUACACAAAAUUGCUUCAGCAAAGGUGAUGUAGAGGUACUUCCUGUGGAAGUUCAUGAAGACUUUAAAGAUAAGAUUAAUCAUACUUUGUCAGAAACUGUGGAAAAGGUAGAAUUUCAAAAUGCCAUUGGGGACAUUUUAGACAGAAUAAAUGAGAUCAGCUCUGUCCCCAGCUCUCCUGGUCACCCAUAUUACCUCCAGAAUUUUUUAGUUGUGCUGCGAGCAGUCUUGGAGAACGAAGAUGAUGUCAGACUCUUUGAUGAGCAAGAUAUGAACAUUAUAACCAAGUUCUGCAAAUUAUCAGUUGGUGGGCAGAAGUUAUAUGUGAGACUUUUUCAACGCAAGCUGAACUGGUUAAAAGUGAAUAAAAUAGAAUAUGGAGAGAUAAGUAUGGAUUUGUCACCAAUAAUUGAAGAACUGGCUGAAGCCAGAUUUCUGCAAACAGAAUCUGAACUGGAAGACCUGUGUGAAGGGUUGGAUUUGCUUUCAGCCCCUGAGCUAAAAACAUUAGCAAAGGUCUUUCACUUGCCAAACCCAAAUGGUCAGAAACAGCAACUGAUUGGGACAGUGAUUUUAAAAAGGGUGAAGGACCUGGCUGGAAAAUCUGUCAGGGUCUGUAAAGGCCCUCGGGCUGUCUUUUCUCGAAUUCUGCUGCUAUUUUCACUGUCUGAGUCAAUGGAGGAUGAAGAAGCUGGCAGUGCUGGUCAAGGCCAGCUUUCCACAGUCCUUAUGGUAAACAUGGGGCGUAUGGUAUUCCCCAGUUACACUAUAAAUAGGAAAACACAGGUCUUCCAGGACAGAGAAGAUCUUAUCAGGUAUGCAACUGCUGCUUAUCUGUCGAAUGAUAUAGCCACUGCAAUGGUAAAUGGGAACUGGGAAGAAGCUAAUCAUCUAUACAUGUGUGCUAAAGAAACCUGGAACAAACUGAAAAAUCACCCCUCUUUGAGCUAUCAUAGAGUUUUACCUGAGUAUCUGCGACGUUUCACAGUUGGCUGGGUGUAUACAAGAAUCCUUUCUCAAGGGGUUGAAAUUUUGCAGAGACUUCACAUGUAUAAGGAAGCGGUGCAGGAGCUGCAGACUCUUCUGUCUCAGGAUGUGUAUUGUACUGACAGCAGAGGGCGAUGGUGGGAUCGCCUGGCUCUGAAUUUACAUCAGCACUUGAAAAACACUAAGAAGGCCGCUGACUGCAUUAGAAAGGGGCUGGCAGACCCGUUUGUACGCACUGGCCAUCGCCUCUCUCUCCACCAGCGGGCCCUGCGCAUCAGAGACUCGCCGAGCUGCAGGCAGCUCAGGUGCCUGUUGCGUGAUCUGCCAGCCCUGGCUGUGGAGGAUGCCACACACGUUACAAUCAAAGGAAAGAUGUGUCCUCAGAUGGGAAUGGGAAAAUCUGUAUUUCUAAUGGAGGAUAUUGGUGAUGAAGAAGGAGGUGAAGACUUCAGUGUGUCCACAGUCAUGUGCUCAGUUGAGGAGCUGGCGUUAACUCAUUACAAGCAGAAUGGUUUUGAUCAGGGUAUUCAUGGGGAAGGCUCAACAUUUAUUACGCUGUAUGGUAUUCUGAUGUGGGAUAUCAUUUUCAUGGAUGGCAUCCCCGAUGUUUUCAGAAAUUCCUAUCAG